AUGGACAAGUUGGUUGAUGCGGUGACGGCGAGCUUCAUAGAAACUAUUAGAUGGUCAGUAAGGGCCAUCCAGCGAGAUGCAGUAGCAGCAGCAGCGAGAACAGGUUCCAGUCAGACAGAUAUACUGGCAAGCAACAGAUCAACCGGAGAGGGAAGAUCCGCGUGUCUCUUCAAGGGCGACUCAGAGAAGGUAAAGAAGAAAGAGAUUUGUGUCAUCACGGAACCAGCAGACGCCGAUCUCACUCACCUCGACAUGACCAUCGACCAUCCUCAUCGUCGUCCCCAACUUCGUCCUCGUCGUCGUCGUCUUUCGUUGUUGUUGUUGAUGAAGAAAAGAAAAGAAAAUUUUCUGCUUUUUAAGCGAAGGAAAAAGAAGCGUCCCACUUUUGAAGUCGAGGAAGAAGAAGAAGAAGAAGAAGAAGAAGAAAGACGAAGACGACAAGACGACGACGAAGCGACGACGAAAGACGCAGCCGAGCGAGAAGAAGAGACGACGAAGAAGAGACGACGAGACGACGAGAGCCACGGGCUGACCUACUCGGCGCUGCUCUCGACCUGA